AUGGCGACAGCAGACUACAGUGCGCUCGGUCUCAGGACCCUGAACGUUUCGCUCGAGGACGGUGUCCUCGUUGCCAUUCAGAACCGGUCCAAGGCCUUUAACACCUGGGACGAAUAUGUCCCUUUCGAUAUCAUCAAGUUAUUUGAGCUGGCUGACAAAGACGACCGUGUUCGGGUAGUGAUUCUCUCGGCCGAGCCUACCGCUGGAGCUUAUUGUGGUGGAGCCGCUCUCGACCCCAAGAAGGGCUGGAACGCGCUCUUCACUGAAGAAGAGCAAAAGGAGGGUCCCCAUGCUCACCGCGACACUGGCGGUAAAGUCGCCAUGACCAUUUACCGCUGUCGCAAACUUACCAUAGCCGCCGUCAACGGCCACGCUGCUGGUGUUGGUAUGACCGCGAUGCAGCUACCAUUCGAUCUGCGUUUCGUUUGGUCCGGGGCAAGGCUUUCCUUCCCAUUCAUCCAGCGGGGAAUCACGCCGGAAGCCACAUCGACUUUCCUCCUUCCAAAGCUAUUAGGCCACUCUCGCGCAACCUCACUUCUGCUCACCGGGGCAACCUUUUCGCCCGACUCGCCCAUAAUUGCAGGGCUGUACCACCAAUCUUUCCCCACGCGUGCCGAGGUCUUCCCCGCUGCCCUCGCCUUCGCCAAAGAGAUCGCAGCAACAACAUCUCAGCUCUCUGUAGCAGUUACCAAAGCCCUUAUCCAAAACUCGGGCGAUUCUAUCGAGGAGAACCAUCUCCUCGACUCGUUUACCCUCCGCACGCUGGGCCCUGGCGUCGACGGCUCGGAGGGAAUAUUAUCCUUCCUUCAGAAACGCGCGCCAAAGUUCACUGGCACGCUUUCCAAAGACCUCGGUCCCUGGUUCCCAUGGUGGCGCGAAGUAAGCACCAAGCAUCGUAAUAGCAAGUUGUAG